CUACAAGUGCGAAGUCAUACUACACUGUUUAGUGUAUUACGUAGAGAGGAAAACGCUGGCCCCGAGGGCAUUUUACGGUUAAUAUUUACAUACAGACAUCACUUAUUUUCAGUUACGGUGCAAUGGAGCCUCACGUAAACGCGAAACGGCUUUUUAAUCACGCACAAACCCUGAAGCUUCACACGGGGAAUUUAGUGAACCGCAGUCGACUUAAGAAGAAAUGUCCGUCUUCGCCUAGCGAGGAGCUUCUAGACUGCAUCCAAGGCACGCUGAGCGAGUGGUUUGCCUCAAUCCCAUCAACUCUUGAAUCCGAGCUUCCCGAUGUUUUGGACUGCACCAUUCCAGAAAACACAGAGGCCAUUACCCCAGAGGAGAGAGAGGAAUUGAAAGUGUCUGUCAAGCUUUUUCUCUCUGAGUCAGACCCCUCAUCUAUCAGAAAUGCUGUGGAUAUGGCUUGUCUGUCGUUAGGUGUGUCUCAGCUGGACUCUGUGAUCAUUGCCCCACCUUCACUCCCUGAGGGCGAGCCUCAGACGCUAGCUCAUCUGCAGCCGCUGUGGGAAGAGCUGGAGGGUCUCGUGCAUAGCCAGAAAAUCGCUGCCAUUGGCACUUCAGACUUGGACAAAACCCUUCUGGAGCAGCUCUAUAACUGGGCUCAGGUAAAGCCAAGCAGUAAUCAGGUGAAUCUGGCCUCCUGCUGUGUGAUGCCUCCAGAUCUCACUGCCUUUGCUAAAGAGUUUGACAUACAGUUGCUAACUCACAAUGACCCUAAAGAGCUAAUCAGUGCAGCAGGUUUCCAGGAUGCAGUGCAGGAGACCAGUAAGGAACUGCAUGUGGCUGACUGGAGGCUGGAGUGGGUCUUGCGCUACUCCAUCAUAGUAAAGAGCAGAGGCAUCAUAAAAUCCAAGGGCUACAUCGUUCAUGCUAAAAAGAGCAGCGACCAUUAACGCAUCCUGUUUGAGCAGGGUUCCUCCCCCCCCCUGAAUUUAGAGAACAUAAUUAAUCUGUGAUUUAUUCAAAGUGAAUUUGAGUCAUUUUUAUUUUUAAUGGAAGAAAUAGAAAUUCACUUGACUCUUGAAAAGCUCAAACAGAAUAUUGUUAAUACAACUUCUAUUCUUUGGCCUUUUUUCCUUAUAAUUUAGAAUUUUCAGAUGUUAUCUGUUCCUGUAGACAUAUGCAAAGUGCCUCUCUUUGUCAGUUUUUGUCAGCCAUUUUGAUUAUGUUUUCCUCAUUGCUCAUCCCCAGUAUUUGUCCAGUGGGUAAAAUGAACUGUACAACUGUUAACAUUGGGUGCCGAGUCUGCAGAAUAAGGAAUGGAGAUGCUUCAAAUCCCGAAAGGUUGUUUUAGUGAGCUAGUUAGGUUUUUAAGUACAUGAAAGAGCAGAGUUUUAACUAAGAGGACUAGAACACCAAAAAGUGUUAUUUUCAACCAGAUUUAUAGAAGAAAUACCUGUAUUUCCCCAAACAACUUGUCAUGCGUUUUAUUUUAAAAUGUUUACCAUGAAUUAGUUUUUACAAACAAUAUGCCACAAAGAUUUUACUUUAAAUUUUAAGUCCUGUUGGGAUUUUAAGUUUAACUUAUUUUGACUGAUGCUUUGCAUUAAAUAUUAAUUAGAUGUUUUGUUACUUGUCAAUAGAAAAUUCUGUACCCUUUGCAUCCCUGUGUAAAUGUAAUGCUUUGCUAAUCUGAUAUAAAAUACAUAUUCUAAUGAGUAACUUGUAACUCUGUAACUGGGAUGCUGUUAGCAUGCAUUGCAUGAACAGCAUUAAUUAGUUGUAUAUAAAACACUGGAAAAUUCCACACUUGAAGGAAAAAAAAUGAGUAGUAUCAGUAUCUAGUGGAUUGUAAGAAUAUAUAUUUUUACCUGUGUUAUUUAUAAAUUGUCAAGACGAUUCCUGUUGUGUCCAAAACGUAUAAGAACAUUUUUCAUGUACUGUACAUGUAAUUACUAUUUUCAAAUCCCAUAUUGUGUUAUACAUAUACAUACUUUUAACCUACAUUAAAAACUUCAGAAUUGAAAAUGAA